AUGUCCACCUUUGGGCCCAAGAGUGAUUCCGACCGAGACAGCAGGAAAUCCAACUCUGCAACACCCUCCCAGACGCCACCAAGGUGGGCGACUCCAUCACCCGACACGCCUUCGCCACCGUCCGACUUGUCGCCGGUGGGCGCUUCUUCCAGAGGGGACGGAUCCGGCUCACGACCCGCCUCCAUGGUCUUCUCGCGCAACCCGCCGCUGAUGCAACAAGACGACAGUACCCCGGCCGAGCUGGCCCCGAUCUUUUCGUACAUCAACACCCACACGAAUAAGGUCUACCAUGAAGGAUAUUUCUUGAAACUGAAUGACCUCGAUUCUCAUGGCCGGCCAUGUGCCGAUCGCCAGUGGUUGGAAUGCUACGCGCAACUCGUGGGCACCGUGCUAUCGCUGUGGGAUGCCGCAGCGCUGGACGCAGCAGGCGGCGAAGAGGUGCCUCCGACCUUCAUUAAUCUGACCGAUGCGUCGAUCAAAAUGAUUGAGACCCUUCCGAUUCGCAACGGAGCGGUUGCACCGUUGAAGAAUGUGCUCAGUCUGUGCUCGGCCGGCCAAAAUCGAUACCUGCUUCAUUUCAACUCGUUCCAUUCCUUAACCCAGUGGACGGGAGCGAUCCGCCUCGCGAUGUUCGAACACACCUCCCUGUACGAAGCAUAUACCGGGUCUCUCAUUGCGGCGAGGGGAAAAAACCUGCCGGGGAUCAAUUCCAUUCUGCUGCCAUGUCGGUUCAAGUAUGAAGAUUGGGCGCGGGUGCGAUUUGGGGCGGGAACCCCGUGGAGGCGAUGCUGGUUUGUGGUCACUCCACCGGACGAGAAGGAAUUACAGAAGGCGCGAAAGGCUAUGAAGAAAUCGGCCUAUGACCGCCUAACAAUGCCGAUCACCGGAAAUAUCAAGUUCUAUGAUUCGAAGAAGACCAAAAAAGUGACCCCCAUUGCAACGGUGACGAGCGUGUACUCGGCCUACGCUAUCUACCCGCAGUCGCAGGCUUUGAUCGAACAGUCGACCUUGGUGAAGCUGGAGGGACGGAUUACCACCCACGGGAAGAACCAAACCUCGGCGGAGGGAUUUGUUUUUGUCAUGCCGGAAGUGCAUCCAGCCGUGUCUGGCUUCGAGAUGAUGCUUCGGUUCCUCUUCGCAACCUUUGACACUUUCAACCUCUAUGGCCGUCCCACGCGGCUGGUGGCGGACACGAACCACAUCAAGAGCAUCAUGUUCGCCUUCCCCAAGCAACGCCGCUAUGGUUAUUUGGACAUUUUGGAUAUCUCCAACCUCCUUCAGGCUCCGGGUAGUCAGGAUUGGACUGAAGCGGAUUGGCGGAAACAGCUUAAGGAGGCAACCCAGAAACGGAUCUCAACUGGCAGGAGUCGCACCAACAGUGUCACCAGUCAAAGACCUCGCUAUCGCUCCAGCCUUCCUCCUGUCCGAAACAGUGAUACCCCGACUGGUGAAUUCCCUGGCCGGCCGCUAGGCCCUUCCACCGGAAAACCCGAAUUCAACAAGUCUACCGAAGCCGUUAUUUCUCAGGUGCCCAGGGGCGGCCUUGUGCCUCCGGCGUAUCAUAAUAGAGGCCACUCUGAUACCAGUUUCCAGGCAGGUCCCGGUCUAAGGCCCGGAUAUAUGGUUGACAAUUCUCCCCACUCGUCAUCGUCAGCUGUCGAACUAAUGGGGCAGGAGAGACCCACUGUGGCUACUAUUGCUGAGCGUACCAGUUCUGAAGGUGAAGGGCAUCUCGAGCUUCCAGAUGCCCAACAGUUCUCUACGGCCCGCGACCUACCCACGCCGCCCGCUCCAGUCUCAAACCCGCCCGCCUUCUCACAUGGCCCGGGAGAUGUGCCGUCCAACCGACCGCGGCCGUCUUCAGAGAUGAGAAAGGCCAACAACCGCAUGUCCCAUGCCACCCUCUCCCAACUUGCACAGGCGGGGAAGAUGGGGAUCGCUGGAGCUGCUGUGGAUGAAGGUGCUGUGGCUUGGGCAGACCAGCGGUCCCAGUCCAGGCCUCAAUCCAAGGAUGGUCAAUACCCGCAAGAGAAGGGUCUUGAAAGUGGCUAUGCUUCCCAGCUUACUGCUCCAUCAAAUCGCUCCCUUGCACAUUCUUCUAGCGACGAAGGAAUUAACCUUGCGGUCCCGGUACAACCGCCACGGGUUCCGGAACAUCGUGAAGGCACUUCGACCACUGCUAGUACCCCGUCUCCUCGUCCGUCUCCUCGUGGGCCCCAGAUCGACCCAACCGUGCCUGUUAAACGGAAGCCACUUCCCCAACGACAACUGUUCCCGCAGGCGCCGCAGUCACCUGGAGGGGAGCCAAGCAUGGAGGAACUUCGGUACACCCUGGAUGAAGAUGCACUCAAUCGGGUUGCGCCUCCACUCCAUUCAGUCCAGUCGCCAGUGUCACCCGAAAUGGACGAGGAAGAAAGCGUCUAUGAUGACGAGUCCACAACAACGCCCGACUAUGCAAGCACCCACGACUCCGUGUACAGCAAGAAGUCAACCAAGUCCACCCGGCCUCGUAUGGGUGUUAUGAAGACGGUGGGCACGGGGCCGACCAACCAAGACUUCGUUAUUGGUGAUGCUCGUUACACUCGGGAGCAGGCUGCAACCUCAAACCCAACUUCAAACCCGGAUAUCCCUACGGUGGAUUUCGGGCCAACGCUGACCUACAUGCCCACAACUGGACACCCAGAAACUACGCGGAAGCCAGUGCACCAAAGGAAGGACUCGGAUGGCACGGAGAUGUACAAACUUUCUGUGCCUACACAGCCCAUGGACCCUACCCGCGCGCAGUCCCGUUCUCCAAAUCAGGAUGAGUAUCGUCGGAGCAUGCUUUGGCAACCUGGUAUGGCCACUGGCCGCCCUGUUACUCCCGGAGGCGGCCUCACGCCAGAGCAGUAUGUGCAGCAACGCGCAGCGCCCGCUCCUCCAAUGCAUGGGCAUUACCGUUCGCCGUCGAAAACGCCGCCCCUGCAACGGCCGGCAUCGGGUGACUGGACACAGCAGGCUCGUCCGAACUCACAGAUGACGUCGUAUCGGGACGCAAACUACCGGCCUUCCUCUCGCGGUGCCAACAAUAUGAUGAACUACAAUCAUAAUGAGAUGUCUUCGCAUCUUUCCGCUCGUGAACAAGAGCAUGUGGCGCGCAUGACUGGGUCCUCGUUCUUCAAUAUGUCCAACGACAAUCGGAGACCACAGCCAAACACGUCAGGUCUGGUGUCCGCCAUUGACGCCCGUGAACGAGAAAAGCGCGCUUUGAAGGAGGGCAUGUCCAACCAGAUGGUUCAGCACGCCAUCGCUCAGCGCCAGCAGCAGAUGAUGCAACAGCAACCGCCCUACCAGCAGCAGCAGUCGUUCCAGCAACAACAGUCAUACCCGCAGCAGCCAUACAUGGGACAGCCACCACAAGCCGGCUCGAUGUAUGGCCCGCGCGCGCCUCAGGAGAGCCUGUACAACCUCCCCACUGCCAGCCGCACCAUGGAUAAUCUGCUCCCAAUGGCCCGCCCCGACGAGCCCCGACGUCGAUCUUGGUACGGACAGCUUCAGCCCACUGGCCAGGCACCAAACACUCCGCCAUCCUACCAGCAAAGCCAAACCUACGCGUCCCAGCAUCCUGGGUACUACAACAAUCCUCACACAAUGCAUUCGUGA